AUGUCAGAUCAAAAUAUAAUUGAAAGUUUGAAGGAUUAUUUUCUCUUGGUAGCACUCAUAUAUAAAAAGUCAGGUUCACUUGAACCUAACACGGGUUCAGGUGAACCCAAAUCAGGUCUACUUGAACCCAACCCAAGUUCAAGUGAACCUAAAAUAGAUUUACUUGAAUCUAGUCUAGGUUCAAGUGAACCCAACCUGGGUUCAAGUAAACCAACCCAGUUUUAUUUGAACCCAAUUCAGGUUAUCAGAUUCAAAUCAGGUUCACUUGAAUCUAAUACAGGUUCAAAUAAAUCUGGGUUAGAUCCAACUAAACCCAGAUUGAAUCUAAGUGAACCCGGAUUGGAUCCAAAUAAACCCAACUUAGAUCUAAGUAAACUCAGGUUAGAUCCAAGUGAACCCAAGCUAGAUCCAAUUGAACCUAGAAUGGAUCCAAAUAAGCCUAGGAUGGAUCCAAAUGAAUCCAAAUCAGGUUCAGAUGAACCCAAUCUGGGUUUGUUUGAACCUAAUUCAGGUUACAGGUCAAAAUCAGGUUCACUUAAAUCCAACCCAGGUCUAAGUGAACCUGAUCCGAGGCAACGCCUGGGCCUGAGAGCUAGUAUAGAAACUGAAAGUAGUAAACCUAUAGGAAAAAUUUAUAAAAUAGCUGCAACAGAAAAAGCUAAAGAAAUUGAAGAAAUAGAAGAAUCAUUUGACUUACCGAUUGAUUAUGAAAUUAGUAAUGAAGAAAUAGAAUUUCUAAUUGGUUCUAAUUAUAAAUAUUCUGAUGAUGAUAAAGGUUUAAAAUCAUUAAAACUUCAACAAAAAAAGAAAGGCAAAAGAAAACUUUACAAUUAA